AACAUGCAAGGUUGUGUCAUUAUUAGUUUACAUCGAGAAUUGCAUGAAUAUCAAUUUGCUAGCGUCAGAGGUGACAUAAGCUCUAGCUCUGCCAUUUUCGCGUCGUUUAGAUUGGGCCAACUUCCAGCGGAGUUAUUCGAUAUUUGCCCGACAUAGGUUCGUCGUAUACAUGAGAGGCCUCUUGGUCGGACUUAUGUGUGGAAUACAACGGUUGGAAAAACCUAAACCUAUAUAGGCCUGUAUUCGUCGCAGCUGUGCCCUUACAUGUCCUCAAGUCCUACUACAUGUGUAGAAUAUGCUCGUGGUAAAUUUUCAAAUGCAGGGCAACAGGUUUUAAAUAUCUGGUUGAUAAAAGACACGUCCCCUCGAUUCAAAAAUGACGAAUGGAACAGGCGACAACGAUAGUGAAGGUGGCCCAGCAUCCGAUGUUCCAGUGUCUGAUGAAACUGGUGGCCCGACGUCGUUGCAGCCAUUCGUCCACCAAGUUGGAGGCCAUUCUAACAUGUUCACCUAUGAAGGAAACACAAUCUGUAAGCCCUUGUUCGAGAAGGAAUACGACUUCUACCAAACCAUGCCAGAAGAAAUGAGACCGUUUACUCCAAUUUGUAAAGGUAAUUUGGACGUUAUGUUCCACAAAGACGCCAGCAGCCAAGUGCACAUCAGUAUCGUGUCUCCUGUCCGACCACUUCGAGGGGAAAAUGGGAUAAUUUUAAAGACCGACGAAAGUGAUGAGGAGCCCGAAAAGGAAGACCGUCAGCCGCUUGCGGACCAAACGGAAAGGUCUUCGGCUGUGAUUUCAAACUCGAACUUCGAGAAGAAUCCGUGGAGUGAGCGGUGUCACAAGAGGAUGUUAGACCAGAUGACAUGUGAAUCAGAGGGACCAAUGAAAUACAUCAUACUUGAGAACGCAGUCAUUGGUUUCAAGAUCCCGAGUAUCCUCGAUCUGAAAAUGGGGACCAGGCAACACGGACUAGAUGACAAUGAGUUCAAGACAGAUUUGAAGAUAUGUCGUUGUUUGUCGUCAACAACUUGUACCCUUGGGUUUAGAGUGGGCGGAAUGCAGGUGUAUCAAAAGGACACUGGUGAAUUCCUCCGUUAUAAUAAAUACUCGGUUGAAACAAUCAACAGGGACACGAUCCACGAACCAGUUUAUAAAUUUCUGUACAAUGGUGUUAGAUUAAGAUUGGAACUGGUUGAUUUGAUAGUAGAAAAAUUGCGAGCGAUUUCUCUGGCGGUGGCGAAAAGGAAUGACAUUCGAAUGUUCUCGAGCUCAUUGAUGGUUAUGUAUGAGAGUGUUGAGAACCCAAGUGCGACGGAUGAGGAUACCGCGCUUGACUGUGAGAAGAGUUGGGAAGGUAACUUGCAAAUUGACAGCUCGGACUCGGUCUCGCAAUCGCCGCUGUCCGCUACGAGUCAUUCUAUUGCCAAUUCAAGUAUGAACAUCGCCUCAGGUUUAACGAACUCAAAGAAUAAGGAUGUCUCCGAUUUGAAGGUUGAUAUUAAGAUGAUAGAUUUCGCGCAUUCAUUCCACACAGCUUCAAGAACUGAUGUUAAAUUUGUCGGACCUGAUGCUGGUUAUAUAUUCGGCCUCGAGAAUCUUAUUAAGAUUUUCCUUAACGUUAAAGAAAGGAAUUCCGAAUCUUGAUGUUUAGGACGACGUUGCAUGACUGCAUGCCCUAAGUCAGUCGCUUUGGCGAAGAGACACUUAACUCACAAUUUAUUGAGAACAUCAACGCUGUGUUCGUUUAGGUUCGGAAGGUGUCAAGUUCUCAUGGGUGAACAAUUUCCAUCUGAUCGAUUGUAAGACAGACUGUUCGGGGGUGACAGAAUACUAUGCGCCGUUGUCCAUAAACCUCCGUGGUGACAUGCUUUCGACUACAAAUGCUAGUGGGUGAUGGAAUAGCCUUCUUGCACUGGGAUGGAAGCAUUGCCGGAAAUGUUCUUAAGUUUCACUGCUCUUGGUAACGACGCGCACACUUGGUUAAUCUGCCCGUGUGAUGUCGUGUGGCCGCAACGACAAUGAUACGCCGGGUAUCAUAUUCUGUAUAGGAGUAUUUUGUAUCGCCGUUUUCCGCUUGCAAGGUAUUGGAAAUAGGUUAAUAGGCCUACUGCAUGUAUAUACAUGCAUACGUACUAGUAUCAAAAACAUUAACAUCCUAUAACUAUUUGAGUAAUAAA